UGCUAAAAGCACUUUAGGUGCCAAAGUACUUGGUUUUGAGGGUAUUUGAUAAAUAGGGAUAGUCCAUGGAGUUAUGUUAAACAGAUGGGACAGCCGAGCACUUCACACUUCUUACUGUUUCUGAGUGAGUCAUUUAAGGAGUGUGACUAAUCGUCCUACCAUCUAGUUGUCAACAAAAGAGUAUUUUUUUUCUUUUCCUUAACUACCCAAAAAAUGAUAGAGGCUUCCAGAUUUUCUGUGGAUAACUGAAAACUAAAGAACCUAUCUUUUUAACAACACUUUAAAUUUAGAUUGAGGGGGACUACAUGUGAUGCGCUUCUUAUCUAAAGAAUUUGUAUCACGUUUUUUUUUUCUGUGCAGCAGUUCAGUGAUGUACCUGGAAAGUUGGUUAAUUUAGAAUGGUCAUUGUCGGGCAAGCAGCCACAUGUUGUUUUAAGGCAUUUGUCUAAAUAACAACCUCACGUGAAACUGAAUUAAUUUUAUCAAUCCUCUUCCCCCUGCCCCUGCUGCACCUGUGUCAAGUUUUAAGUCACCUGGGACAGGGGCACUUCAGUAUUCAUUGCAGUCUGGAUGGGGGAUUUUCAGGGUAAUAAUAGUGCUGGCUGGGGGGCUGGGUGAGGAACUGCUUUUUGUUGUGAGGGAACCGGGGUUGUAAGAGGAAGAGCUGGAUGACAAAUUUGUUUGGAAGUGUGAUAUGAGAAGUGACCUCAUUUGAACAUAGCCCUUGUGGGAAAUCGAAGUCAGCAGUUAUCAGCAGCUUGUGAGGCUGAGCCAAGAGAGCAACAUAGGUUAAAAAGAAAAAAUAUUAUAGGAGUGGAAAAUGUCUUGAAGGGAAGAUACUCUGAUUUAAUUUCUUUGAAGUUGAAUGAGUUAGAGAUGGGUGAGAUUUUAAAUGCAUCAAAAUGCAUUGUUGGACACAGGAGGAAGAUGGUUGGUUUGGAAGAAGUGUGUUUAGAAGUGGAGUUACCUGGGGCGGGGGCUGGUGGGGGGAAGUAACGUGAGGUGUGGAAAUAAUGAAAUCAAGGAUACAUCAGAAUGGAUCCCACAAAGAGCAUAAGAAAGGACAGCUUGGAAUUAUCAUUAUGGAUCGCUCCCGACACCGUGCAGGAGGAAAUGGCAAUGAACAGGUGCCUUCACAAAACGGAGGAAUGGGAGGUGAGAGACAACGGCAGCUGGAGCGCCUAAGCAGGGAGGAGGCCUAUUACCAGUUCAUUAACGAGCUCAACGAGGAGGACUACAGGUUAAUGAGGGACCGAAACCUGCUUGGCACUCCUGGAGAAAUAACAGCAGAAGAGUUGCAGCAACGUUUGGAGGGGGCUAAGGAGCGUUUGACAUCACAGUCUGAUCUGGAUAACAGAGAAGGUGAAGAUUCUGAAGUUCUCGGGGAAAACUCCAACGGCGACUCUUUGCUUGAAUGGCUUAACACGUUUCGUCGCACAGGAAAUGCCACUCGCAGUGGACAGAGUGGGAACCAAACCUGGAGAGCUGUGAGUCGAACAAAUCCCAACAGUGGGGAGUUUCGCUUUAGUCUUGAAAUCAAUAUAAAUCACGAUCAUAACAGUUCUGAAGCUUCUGGUGAGGAAUAUGUUGAUAUAGAUGCUACCCGACUGUAUGUAGAAAGAAGACGUCAGCUAGUUGGCAGUUCAGUAGCUCCACGGACAAGGAGCAUGGCUGCAAGAGAGGCAAACAAUGAAGCUGCAAGGACCAGGCUUUUAAGACGUGCCAUGGCAUUAAGGUCAGAAAUAGUCUCUCAUGCAGUCUCAGGGAGGUUCAGGAGUAGAACAAGGGAGCUGACAGGCCAGACAAAUAAUAGUAUGCGAAAUAAUUCUGUGUCUGCUGGUGAACCAAGGGAAAUGCCAGAAAGAGGUACUUCUACAGGAGUCAGAAGGGGUAGAGCUAGAACUAAUGUCCGGAUGAAUACAAACCAAAGAUUAGAAAUUUUGCGGCUGAGGUCUACCUUAAGUAGUCGAAGCCGCUCCCCGCUGCAAAGGCAAGGUGAUGCUGCUCAUUCUGAGGAACGUGGCCAGGGGCAGGAUAGAAAUGCACAGCAGGUUACCAGAAGUAGGAGACAAACAGUUCAGGCUUCUCCACAGCCUACUGAUGAGCAAGCAGGAGGUAACACUCAAGCUCCCCAGCUUUCUAGUGCAGCCCCAUCCUUAGGAACAACUUUGGAAGAGGAAGAAUCUAGUAGGCCAGUAGCUGCUGUCAGAAGGCACCCGACAAUUACGCUAGAUCUUCAGGUGAGAAGAAUUCGUCCUGGAGAAAACAGAGACCGGGACAGCAUUGCCAGUAGAACUCGUUCUAGAGUAGGAAUGUCAGAAAACACCGUUACCUUUGAAAGCGACAGUGGGGGAUUUCGGCGCACGAUAUCCCGAUCAGAACGCGCGGGUAUUCGGACUUACAUUAGCACUAUACGGAUACCUCUUCGUCGGAUUUCAGAAACUGGGCUCGGGGAACCUUCAUCAGUGGCUCUUCGAUCAAUCCUUAGACAGAUAAUGACAGGCUUUGGAGAACUGAGUUCUUUAAUGGAAACUGAAUCUAAUUCAGAAGUGCGAAGAGGCGGUCAUCGCUUAGCAGGUGCACAGAACACCUCAAGUUCAGCAAACAGCAGUGAGGUUUUGUCUAGGAAUGGACAUGCAGUAGAUGGCAGCAGGGAAAGAAGUGGACAGAGGGGUGGUAGUCAACGCUCCGGGCGCAAUCGUGAGAACCAAGAUAGCAGGCAGUCUCAUGAUGCAAACAGCCUAGUAGAGAAUGGAACACUGCCCAUCCUUCGGCUUGCCCACUUCUUCCUGCUGAACGAAGAUGAUGAUGAUGAUCGUUUACGAGGUUUAACCAAAGAGCAGAUUGACAAUCUUUCUACACGGAACUAUGGGGAUAUUCACACUGAAAAUGAACGGAGUAAAACCUGCAGUGUUUGCAUUAAUGAAUAUGCAACAGGGAAUAAACUAAGGCAGUUACCGUGUACGCAUGAGUUUCAUAUUCAUUGUAUUGAUCGCUGGCUAUCUGAGAAUUCCACUUGCCCAAUUUGUCGGCAGCCAGUUGUGGGGUCUACUGCCACAGAUAAUGGCUAGAAUUGUUUGUACUGCUCAGCGCUCAAGGAUUUGCUCCAGCUCUGUUAUGAGCCAGAUGAAAGUCACUGAUUUAGAUAUGGGUCCAUUUGUGAGGGGAGUUUUGUUAAAUUUCUUUUAAAACUGUAGAAACUUGUCUAAAUCUAACAAGGUAAAUACUAUUUUUUCCAAGUGCAGGUCUAGGAGCACACAUAGAACCAAAUGAUAUUGGUAAAGUUUAUAUUUUUUUAGAUAAUUUUGUUAUGCUAAGCACUUUUGUAAAUACAGAAAUGCAAUAGUUAAUCAGUCCUGCUUCAUGUAUGUUUUUUAACAUUGUAAUGGACUCACUUUAUUUAGAUUAUGAAUUCUUUCACACAGACCCACCACUGUGUUGAAAAAUUAGUGGCUAAAGAGCCAUUUGUUAGCUUUUUGUUCUAAGAACAAUUUCUUUUACAGAGAGUCUUGCUGGACAUGUUUGCUAAAGAUAUUUAAGUUACUUGAAGUGCUCAUUUUAAUAGACUUCGUUUUUUUUAAACAUUGAAAUAUCCUUUCCAAAAACUUGCCAAUUUGGUUCUAUUUUAAAAGUUUUAUUGCAGUUUUUGCAUGUGGGUUUACACAGUUCUUAGUAUUGAUGAGUUCUUAUUCAGAAGUGGAUGAGUUACUGGCAUUAUGAAAUGUACAUAAUUAAAUGCUGUCUUUGACAAUCUUUGUGUUCUCAGUGCAGACAGCAAUCAAAUUGAUAAUUCCAAGAGGGUGUGUCUUACUUGCUCAAAAGAAGAAAUGAGCACCAAGGAAGUCUUUUUACUCUUCCAAAUUACUCAGUCUAUAUUCCUUUAACUGCCUUAGUUUAAAGAGGGGAAACAUUUCCUUGACCAUUAUAUUGUCUAUCAUAUGCAUGUUUUGGGCAUCCUAUACAUAAGACCGAAACAAAGACUUGAAGUGCUUUUGUACAUAAAUUUAAGGUACGCAUAUAGUGUUAGUCCUCUUGAAACAUGCUUGAGGACCAAGUGGCAGAAGACACUAAAAAGGAGAAAAUAAGCUUCCCUGAAAAUCCCCAGUAUCUGUAUGAUUAGAUACUAAACUUUAUACCAAUGACUUACACCGAAAUAAAGUUGCAAGUUAAAUAAUUGGGGUGUUGUGUGAAUUACUGUUGAGCCAUAUCCUGUAGAUUGAUAAGAAAAGUUAUUAUUCUUAAUGUUCAGUCUCAGUUUUCACUUUAUUUUCCCCCACUUUUCCCCAGCUCUGUUACUGGCCUGUUAGUUGUUAUGGUACAUAAAAGCCCAGCACAAAGCACUCCAGGGGUUUCUGGGACAAGCUGGAUGUUACGAAGCUUGUCUUCUGAGCAACCUGCAUCUCAGUUCCUAGAGAAAUGCAGAAUUGUGCAGUAAUCUGCUGUGUGUGCAUUCUGAGCCAGUGGAAAGAGUACUUGAAGUGAACAAAUCCUACUGACUUUCUCUGCCUGCAGACACUGGCUUUGACAAAUGUGCUUCUGUGCCAGGUGCGUCACUUAGAACAUCUGCUCAUGACAUCCUUCAAGGGCAUCUAUAAAAUCCCAUGUGAGCUACUGGAUGUCUACUUCAGUUCUGCAAGUGGAAAACUUGUGUCAAAUUCCACAGAAGUGCUCCUUUUCAUUCCUAAAAGUAGUUCUAAGAAACUCUGUUAUGAGAUAUAGAUGACUUAAGGAUAUGAUUAAGAUCUCUUCUGAUGUAAUUUGUGCUGCUAAUUACUGCAAAUGUUAUUGACCCUUCCCUUGAGUGCUUCCUUAACUGCAAUAAAGAGUGAGGAGAUUUAAAUGUGAUUAUCAGAGCUAGCUUAUUUUUUGGCUUUUUUUUUUCUUUUACUUCUGUUUGCUCCUGAGGCUGACAGUAUAUAAAUACAUACAUGUCUUCUGCUGCUCUUUUGUUUCUUUAUGACUUCCUUUUAUAUUUAAAAUCUGCCUGAUUGAAAAGACACAUACAUAGAAAGUGGCCCUUGGCUUGCUAUUGCCCUGCUGGUCAGGUCCUUCAAGGUCAAUUUUAACUCUAAUCUUUACAACUGCUAUACUGGUGCACUAGAGAUGAAGGGGGAUUUGCAGUGCCUUCUUUCAUUCAAGUAGAAAUUUUGCAGUGUGUAAGAGCACAGUUGGUUACAUGGUUCAAGAUGAGAUCAUCUGUGGCAGGGUAUGUUUAACUGAGCUGCUAAGUGGAAUAUCCUAAAGUACAGUGAGAGCUUUCUGUAGAAAUUGUAGGCUAUGGGAAAAGAAACAUUAAGCCUCUUCUACUAUAUUCCUGCCCUGUCACAUGAGUGUUGUCAAGUAUUUUCCCUCUA